AUGGUACAGCCGCAUUCGUUGAUACAGUUUUUAGACCAAGAACGAAAAUUGAAGAGUAUUACACACAUGCGGGGUUUUAUUGAAGAACAUGAGAAGAAUAUCCAUAUGUACGAAAAUGCCGAUGAUCCAGAACUUGAAACGAAAAUUCGUAAAACUGAUGAAGAUUGCAUAGUGGGUGGAUCCAUGUCGACUAAAAAGGAUGCUUUCUUACUAGCAUACACGCUUGGGAAGUUGGUUGAAGAUUUGGAGAUUUUAGCCAGCGUUGAAUUUAGCGAUGAUAAGCAAAAGCCUAGAAUGGAACCACAUUGUAUAUAUAAUUUGCAAUUUAGUAUGUAUGCUUUCGAACAUCUUCCGUUCGUGCAGCAACGUGACAAACUCAAAGUUAUCCCCGAAGCCGUAUUCGAGAAGUUACUUCCACCAAAUUAUUCAACCGCUGAAUUUGGCAGUCAUGUUGCAAAAGCAUUAGAAAUGAAACCAACUAGUGAUUCAUUUUUGCGGUUAGCUGCUCUUUAUUGGCGGAUUAAAGGUGAUGCUCCAAAAGCUGUGGAAUGUUUUCGACGUGCUCUUCACUUUACAACAAAAGAAAUGCAAGCUCGUACUCAGUUUGAUUUUGGGAAUUUGAUGCAUCGUGCUGGGUAUCCCUCGGAUGCGAUCGUUCUUUAUCAGCUAGCAUUAUUGAAAAUCAAUGAUGCUGUGAUACAUGUGGCCCUCGCUGAUGCAUAUGCAUUGGUGCAAAACCGAUCGGAAGCUAUUAGACAGUAUGACAUUGCUUUUUCAUUAGAUUCAUCAAUGAAAAGCGCUCAAAUUAAGGCAGGGUCACUGAAAUGCGAUCAAAAAUUAAUCAGUGCAAUGGAAGAGCAACACAGAAAUUUGCUUGAUACAAUUAGAGAGAAAAACUUGUAUAAUGACAAGCUUGAAGCAAUAAAAAAGAUGGAAGAAAAUGUGAAGCGAAAUGUUGUAGACCUCGAAGAAAAAGUGCAGUCUGCUCUGAUUUAUGAUUAUUUCACAUAUGGUAGUCUACCCUAUUCAAGCUGCCGUUCAGUACCUAUUGCGAAUCGUUUAGUAAUGCAGUGCAGCGUAAGCGAUUGGCGAAAUUAUCGAGCUGCUCGCGAAGAAAAGCACCGCAAACUUAUUGCAAAUGUUAAGCGAAAUGCAGCAAAAAACACACCAAAAUACAGUGCUCGAAGCGUUGUGGAAAAUUUGAAUGAUUCUCGUGAAUUGACAGUAUUUCUAGAGAAACUGGAACUCAUGAAAGAAAUGAAUAUGGAUGAGCCAAUUGGCAAGCCAAUUUAUCCACGAAAGAUAUUACCAUCAACCAAUGAACUUAUAGAGCAUUAUUUGGACAGCAGUUGGCCAAACAAAACAUUGUGUGAAAACAGUUAUUGGCGUUCUCCGCUUAUAUCGGCAGAGCAUCUCCCCCAACUUUUCUUAAGCCCGGACAAUAAAGGAUUCAGGUCAUUCGAUUUACUUGGGAAAUAUCUUGGUUUGAACGAUGGUGAAGAACAUCCAUUUCCAUGGCAUCCGCCUUUUUGUGGCAUUUACAUAUCCGAGGAACCACUGCAAGCUGUACUUAAACUGCCUGGUAUUCGUGCAGCGGCAGCACGAGGUCCCUCUGUACAAUUCGCGGAAGAUAAGCUUCGGACGGUAUUUUUAAAGCUCAUGGAUGAUAAAAUUACUGAAGCAGAUAUUGCGCAACGUAUCGGAACUCUUAUGAAAUACAAAAUUGGACCACAGUGGUUAAUUUACAAUUUAGCAGCUUUGUAUUGGCGAAUUGUUGGUGUACCAGGUGAAGCAGUUACAUGUCUUCUUGCAGCUUUGCAAAUACAACCUGAACGAUACGCAGAUGUUGCACUGGUGCAGUUAGCGCAGGUUGUUAUCCGUUAUGGUACCAGAUAUGACAAUUAUCUGAGCGAUGCUACUGUUCUGUUGAACAAUGCAAUGCGUAUUGACCCGAAUGAGCCCAUAAUACAUUUUUUAAUGGGAAUUGUAAAAAUUCUCGAAAAGAAACAUAUCACCGCAUUAGCACACAUUGGCGCUGCAGUUAUUCUGGAUCCGUUAUUUCAACCAGCUGUUGCUGUGCUUCGUGCAUUGAAAUGUUUCAGUAAAAGUAAACAGAAUAAACAAGGACUGGUUAUCGAACGAAUUCAUUUACGUUGUUGUUCCAAAGAGGAAUUGAAUGUUUAUUGUUUUGGUAUUCUUAGCGAUCGAUGUUUCACGAUAUCCGAGAAAGGUGAAUUUAUGGGAACAACUUGUCCCGUGCACUCUAAAAAGAAAGAAGUGAUCCCAUUGGACUAUGGAGCUGAAGAAAGUUUACGAAAAAUUCAAAAAAUGGCUACUCCUUCAACAGAAAGUUUCUUUCAAAGCGAGAUCCUAUUUACGGAAAGCGCUUCGCCAAAAGAAACAGAAAUGAUUAAUUCGUGGGAGGCUGAUGUACUUGUUGACAAAAUAAUUAUACCAGAGAAAUUACCGCUGCCGUCUAAAGAUCAGAUCACGACUGGUUUCCGAUAUGUAUCACUUCCACCAAAGCGUACGCCAAACAGUAAUUUUUGUGCGAAUAUUAAAAUGAGCUUAGCGAUUCUUCGAGAACAGAGCACGUCAACUUGGCUAUCUGUAACAGCCAAAGGAGUAAAUCUGGAGGAAUUCAUCGAUUUCCGAACACCAGUUAAUUUAAACGAGGAUUUUGAACCUGUUUGUCCAGAAUUGCUGUCACCUUCACCACUUCUUACUCUUGACCAUCUGCCAGCUUAUCAUCUUCGUCAUCAGUUUAUUCAUUACAAACCUGAAAAAGGAUUAACAGAUGCAAAUAAGGGUCGUGUACACUGGUCUUUAUCAACUGCUUCAGCUUUAUAUUGGCGUGUAAAAGGUGAUGCUGUGAAUGCACUGAAGUGUCUCAGGCAAUCGCUGAAUUCAGCUCCACCGGAUAUGAGAGAUGUAGCUUUAGUUAGCAUGGCUAAUAUAUACCAACAAGCGGGGUUGUUGCACAGUGCUUUGAUUGCUGGUGGUUUUGCGUUAAAAAUUUCACCCAAACUUGUUGCUAUACAUUUUACUCUUGCCAAUAUUUAUGCUUCACUAGAAAAAUACCAGCAUGCUUUAAUGUUCUAUUAUUCGACCUUGUCAAUGCAAUCCAAUUUUGAACCAGCGAAAGAACGAAUUCGUACGAUUUACUGCUUUGCUGAAAGUGUCCAGCAAGGAGAUGGAAUAGAGGAUAUGUUGCCUGUUGAAGAUAUAUCAAAUCUCCAAUGCUUGGAUUUCGAGGCUAGCACUAGUGGUGAUUAUGGCGAGCAGUCUUUGAAAGCUCUUAGUUGUGCAACAGUUCGUAAUGGUGAAUGUUACAAUCAGCAGGUUUUUGCGGAGAAUUCGGAGGUUUCGCAGUUUCAAUUACCAUUGUGUAUUUCAAAAGUUAAAGAACGAUAUGAUGGUGUAAGUAUUACCAUUCCAGUUGGUGGCACGUUAUCGCGUGCACCACGAAGCAAAAUUGCGAAACCGAAGUGUGAUGGAAAUGGGUUCAAAUCAACAUUAAGAGAACGAAAUGCUUCAAUGUAUCUUAAUGAGUGGCUUGCUGAUGUUCAUUUUAUUGUUGGCAUUGGCGAAAAUCGUGAACGAAUCCCGGCUCAUUCUUAUGUUUUGGCGAUAGCAUCAGCUCCGUUUAAUGCUAUGUUCAAUGGUGGAUUCGAAAAGAAUGAUGAAAUUGAGUUACCAGAUGUGGAACCGGUCGCUUUCAAAAUUUUACUUAAGUAUUUAUACUGUGACAUCAUUGAAUUGGAUUCCUCAAAUGCUCUUUCUACGUUAUAUGCAGCAAAGAAAUAUAUGAUAACUCACCUGGUGCAUGCAGCCGUUGAUUUCCUUAAUUUUAAUUUGAACGCAGAAAAUGUUUGUUUAUUGCUUGCUCAAAGGCAACUUUUCGAGGAAGAACAAGAACUAAUUGAUAGGUGUUGGAAAUUAGUGGAAGUUGACGCAGAACGAGUUUUAAUGUCGGAUGCCUUCUGCGAUAUUGAUUUCAUAUUGUUUGACGAGAUUUUGUCGCGUGAUGCUCUUCUUACGCGCGAAAAAUUAAUCUAUGAAGCAGCGCUAAAGUGGGCGAAAGCUGAAUGUGGAAGACGGGAUUUACCUGUUUCACAAUCGAAUCUACGGAAUAUGCUAAGCAAAGCUUUGUACCACAUUCGUUUCCCCGCAAUGACGAUUUAUGAAUUUGCCAAUGGCCCAGCGAAAAUGGAUUUGCUUACUUGCCAGGAAAUUAAUGACAUAUUUUUACACUUUGCUGCGGAGGAAAAACCCCAAUUACCAUUCCUCGUAAAUAAACGAAGUGGUGUACAACUAUAUUCAUGUCUUCGAUUUCAAACAGCUUUGGAAGGAACAAAUCAGUGGCGUUAUCGUGGACGAUGUGAUAGUAUUCAAUUUUUAGUUGAUCACCGCAUUUACGUCGCUGGUUAUGGUUUAUAUGGUAGUAGUGAAAAAAAUUCACAAUACAAGGUUAAGAUGGAGUUAAAGAGAGGUGAUGAAAUGAUGGAAAGUAAAAAAGCUGUUCUUUCCUCAACGGGUUGCUCAGAACCUAUUUUGUUACAUUUUGAUCACCCCAUCCAGAUUGAGGCAGAAGUCAAAUAUACAGCGUCGAUUAUCAUGGAAGGCAGAGAUUUGAGCUUUUUCGGUCAGGAAGGUAUGACAGAAGUUGCGGUUACUAUUAAGAAGGAACAGACGGGUGACGAUGAAGAAAAUGACACUGUGAAUUUUUAUUUUACUCCGUCAGCGGACAGUAGAAAUGGCACGGGUGUUCAGGGCGGUCAAAUACCAAUUAUUGCUUUUUAUACAUGA